UUUUGGAGGCUGAGAAAGUUAUGAGUGCAAAUGAUGAAAUGGAAAUGGGACUCAUUGCAGAGUUGGAAACGAACCUGGACCCUGAAGAAGAAAUGGUGUUAACAGAAGAGCAGAAAGCUGACAUUGAAAAAACUGCAAAGGAAUGUAAGCUAAAACUGAAAGAAAUUAAAGCUCUCCUCCUAGAAACCAUUUGGAACAACUAUGGGCAUCUUGAGUUAACCACAGUUUUACAAGUGGCUGAAACUGAGUGUGAACACGUAGCUGCAAUGCGCCCAGAUGGCAACCAGGAGGUGUACGACUUCAUGCUUACUCAUCUGAGAGAUUUGACAAAGUCUGCAAAAGAGAGAUACAACCAGUGGAAACGUUGGAUCCCGUCAUAUAGUCAAGAGGAGUUUCAAAAUCGUCUCAUAGCACUUGAACUGAUGGUUCCAAAAUUAACCUCCAGAAAGGCUGAGUUCAUCAAAAUAAAAGUCAGGGAUUCUGAAGGAAAAGGAAUUCUUCUUCCCACAAACAUUCCAACACCUGUUGUUAAAUUGAAACCAAUGACUCUUCCAAGAUUUGGUGGAAAUCAGCGAGACUUUUACAGAUGGAGAAAAGAAUGGGAGGCUCUUCAAAAGCAAGGCGAGCCGACUGGUUCAAAAGAAGUGAAAAAAUUUCAAUUGUUGGACAGCAUCGAUGAAAGAGUCACAAGAAACCUCCGUCUUAGAACUUACAACACAGCUGAAGAAAUUCUUCGAGUCCUGGAGAACCGUUUUGGCAACCAAACUGCAAUUGCUAUUGAAAUAGUGGAGGAACUGCAAAAAAUGCCACCUGUUAAAAAUCACCAACCAAGGAAAAUUGUAGACUUAAUUCAAGCUGUGGAGAAAGCAGUCCUCGACUUAAGUGACCUUGGAGAUACAGGUGCAAUUAAAAACCCACUUGUCACAAAAUCGAUUGAAAGCAAACUUCCUAUGGUCCUCAAAAAAGAAUGGCUGAUGUAUGUAGCUGAUAAGAGGAACGCGGUGACGCCCGAUAACCGCUUUGACAGUCUCCUAAGCUUCCUCAAAGAGCAAGAAAACAUAUACGAACAGCUAAAUCAACUUUGGGAUGAUGAACCAACCGGAAGAGAAACAAAAAAUGAAAUCAAACACACAAGAAUAGGUCCACUAAACAAGACAGAGCAGCAUGUGUGGUCUGCGGUGAUCCGAACCACAAAAGAAAACUUUAUUUCUGCAAGCAGUUCCGAGGUCUGAAGAUGGAUGAGAAAAAUGCUGCAGUUAAAAAGUUGGGAGCAUGCAGAAGGUGUCUCGAGGUUCAUGAUGACUGUUCUUUCUGUAACCCUGCAUACUUGUGUAAAAACCAAGAUUGCAUGUCAGAAAACAUGGCUGUACAUCAUUUUUGUCUAUGCCCAAAGGUUCAGCCCAAGAAAAGUGAGCAGAAUCAGAAGAGGAGCAAAGAAGAUGCAGCGAAAAGUCAAAGUCAAAAGAAAUAUACUCAAGAGCAAGAGGAAUUCUUCAGUAAACUGUCACCAGAGCUGGCAGAACAAUGCAGAGAUGUAUUUUCAAAUACUGCAAGCAGAGCACUUAAUUCCACAAAAGAACCCAGUUUGUUGCAAGAAAAUGGCCUAAAGGAGUUUCCAGUGAUCAUGAUGCUACUGACAGUUACUGCAAAUGCUGGACAAAAAAUCGGAGCAUUAAUUGACCUGGCUUCUGAUACGAACUACAUCACCCAUAAGGCUGCAAGUAAGCUAAAUCUCAGAAGUGAAAAUAUAACACUCAUCGUUCAUGGGGUUGGUGGAAUGAAAGCUCAUGUUGAAACAAAAAGAUACCUCCUGAAAAUCAGGGUGAUGACUCCAAAAGGUACGCUAAAAUCCCAUCAAAUAGUAUGCUAUGGACUAGAAAACAUUGCUGAUAUCCAAAAUCAUGUGACAGCAGAACAGCUUCAAAAAUUCUUCCCAGAUGUUCAACUAGCUGAACUGGAGAGACCCAGAGAAAUACAACUACUCAUAAGCCACAGAGAAGGACAAAUUGCACCACAAAAAGUUAAAUCUGUUGGAAACCUUGUGUUGUGGGAUGGACCUCUUGGGAAAACAGUUGGAGGAACUCAUCCAAAGCUUUUUGAGGGGUUAACCAUUUCUGCUCACAUGUCAAAAACACAUUUCGCGAGAUCAAUGAGAACAGCUGCUGCAAGAUAUGAAGAGGUGGUUCACAGCAAAUUCAAGGAUUUUUCGCAAGAUGUCUGCACUGAACAGGGAUUGCAAAAUUCAAGUACUGCAACUACUUUCCGUGACUUCCUUGAAUGGUGGAAAUGGGAUAGUGUUGGCGCUGCAUGUGUUCCUAAGUGUGGAGGAUGCCGUUGUGGAAACUGUCAACCAGGUGGUAAAGAAAUGACGCUAGCGGAAGAGAGAGAACUUCAAGAAAUAAAAGAAGGACUUACCUACACUGAAGGUGACAGUCAUAGCAGUGAACCACACUGGCACGCCAAAUAUCCUUGGGUGGAAGAUCCAGCAUUUCUGCCAAAUAAUCGAAGGGCAGUAGAGGCCACGUUCUUCAGGACAGAAAGACAGCUAAAUAAAGAUCCAGAGUGGAAACUCGCUUAUACUGUUCAAGUUCAUGACAUGGUUGAACGAAAAGCAGCAAUGAAACGGACAAAUGACAUCAUCAGUGGUUGGACUGGGCCAGUGUGGUACAUCAGCCAUCUCGUUGCACCAAAUCCCCAUUCUGCUACUACUCCAAUACGACUCGUAUGGAACAGCAGUCAAAGGUUCAAAGGAGUCUGUCUGAAUGAUUUGCUAAUGAAGGGUCCCGAUGUCCUCAACCUGAUUCCUGCUGUCCUCCUUAGGUUUAGGUGUGGAGUCUAUGCUGCUUUAGGAGACGUCAGGAAGAUGUAUAAUUCUGUUUGGUUGGAAGACAAGGAAAUGCAUCUGCAUAGAUUCCUCUGGCGAGACUCUGAAGAACGAGAACUGCAAGAAUAUGCAAUCACCAGAGUGAAUAUGGGUGAUAAACCCGCAGGAUGUAUUGCACAGCUUGCAAUGCGAGAAACUGCCAACUUGCCUGCUUUCACUCAGUUUGAAGAAGAACGUAAUGUGAUCCAGCGCAAUUCUUACGUGGAUGAUAUAUUCGUCUCCCACAACAACCCUGAACGACUGAAAGCCAUAACAGACAAAGUGGAGCAGAUCCUUAAAAGUGGAGGUUUUGAACUUAAGCCAUGGGUCUUUUCCGGUCAAGGUGGGAAGAGUCAAGGUGGGAGACAAGAAGAAAGUCAUGAGAUGGAGAAGCCAAACAAAAAACCCAUAAUUUUACCCAAUCAAAUAAGCCAAACUGAAAGCAAAGCAUUGGGUCUGGUUUAUGAUGUUAUAGAGGACAAGCUUCACAUCUUGACCGCAAUAAACUUUUCAAAGAAGAAAAUGAAAAUGCGACUUGGACAAGAUCUAUCACAAGACCAAAUCAGACCAUCCACGCCAAACCCACUGACAAGAAGGGAGCUGCUCAGUCAAGUAUCAGGAUUGUAUGAUCCACUUGGUUUAGGAACGCCGAUCAAGCAGAAAGGUGCUAUAAUUGUGCGAAAAGCCUUUCAAGAGGCAAAAGACAAGAAGUGCCCAGUUGACGAGACAUGGGACAUGGCACUCUCAGAUGAUCUUCGUGAAGAAGCAAUUUCACUCUUCGAAGAAUAUGUCAAACUUGCCAAAAUCAAGUUUCCCAGGGCACUGACUCCAGGAUUCUUCAUCAGCGAUCCUGUGGCAGUUACAUUCUGUGAUGGGAGUGAACAGGCCUACGGAGCUGUAAUGUACCUAAGGUGGGAAACGGAGCAAGGACUUGUGGACGUCAAACGUUUCAGCUGUUUAACCCGCCUAAUUAAAACUGUUGCAUGGAUGUGGAGAGCAGCAAAAAGAUUUGGAGGGAAAAACAAGACUAUGGAAAAACUACAGUGGGAGGCAGUUACAUUGGCUGGAAUCAUCUCUGUAAAAGAAAGAGAAGAUGCCCUAAGAGACAUUUUUCUUGCAGCACAAGAGAACAUGGUUCUUCCUGCUACCACAACUGACAGAUUAGUAGUCUACAAAAAUGAAGAGUCUGGAUUAUUGGUUUGUGGUGGUCGGAUACAAGUUUUCAGAAAAAACAAAGUUGGUGUUCCAAUCUUACCUCAUGAUGCUUGGGUAUCUACUUUGCUAGCUCGAGAAGCCCACAAUCAAAAUCAUGAAGGAAUUGCUGCAACUUUAUUAAGACUGAGAACCAAAGCUUGGGUGAUAAAAGGUCGAAGAAUCGUAAAACGAGUCGUUGAUGACUGCUUAAUCUGCAGAAAAGAAAAAUCAAAGAACUGUCAACAAAUAAUGAGUUCAUUACCACCAGAGAGAAUUGAACCUGCUGCACCGUUUCAAUUCACAACCAUAGACCUCUUCGGACCCUACCAAGUAAGAGAAGAUGUGAAAAAAAGAGUUACACAAAAAGUUUGGGGAGUUCUGUUUUGCUGUAUGGCCAGCAGAGCUAUUCAUGCAGAAAUUGCAAAUGACCUGUCAACUGAAGGAUUUCUGAUGGCUUACCAAAGAUUCACUGCAAUCAGAGGACAUCCAAGGAAAAUCUGGUCAGACCCCGGCACUAACUUUGUUGGAGCUUAACCAGUCUUGAAAGAGAUGUACAAGUUCCUCGACAGUCAAGACAAAGGAAGCUUGGAAGACCUAUCAGCUGAACAAGGGACAAAGUGGGUGUGGAAAAUCCAUCCAGCUGAUUCUCCUCACAGGAAUGGAGCUGCCGAAGCUGCUGUUCCCAUCAUGAAGAGGGCGCUUAAGAACAUCGGAAGAGGAUCCUCACUGACUUAUAGUGAAUUUCAGACAGCGCUCUAUUUGGCAGCUAAUCUGGCUAAUGAGAGGCCGAUCGACGCGAGGAUACAAAGCCGGGAGGACUGCAUUCUCUACAUCACGCCAAACACCCUUCUACUAGGCCGAGCCUCUCCAGAGGGAGAUCCAGGAACGUUUGACUUCACCAGCAAUCCCUACAAGAGACUCAGAGCCAUACAGACUGAAGUGGACAAUUUCUGGAGAGAAUGGAGUCAACUCGCCGGCCCCAACUUGUUCGUGCGGAGCAAGUGGCAUACUGCACAGAGAAAUGUUGCUGUAGGGGACAUUGUAUGGUUGAGUGACCAGAAUGCUUUGAGAAGUCAAUUCAGGAUGGGUCGUGUAGUUCGCACUUAUCCAGACAGUAUGGGCAUAGUCAGGGAUGUUGAUGUACGGGUUAUUCCAAGUUACCAUCCACCUGAGGUGAAAACAAUAGGUAGGCAAACGAAGAAAAGUGUGUCGGGACUAAAUGAACAAAAAGAAAAAAUGACUAUUUUGCACAGAGAUGUUAGACGGUUAGUUGUUUUACUACCUGUUGAAGAUCAAAGUAAAUCUUGUGAAUGUUAUUGAAAUUGUUUGACCUCUGACAGUCAGCGACAUUCUUAGUGUAUUCACAAGAAUGCCGAGUGGGAGGUGUUAGGUCAAACUUGAGAAAGCUGAUGCUUCAAGUGAUUUUAUUUUAAAAGUAAAUAAAAACAUAAAAAGAAAAAAAAGAAAAGAGAAAAUCAAAUAAAAAAUCUAAAGUAAAAAUGCAUUAAAGUAAUUAAGAAAAGUAAAGAAUUCUGUUAAAUUUGAGAGAAAAUUAAUUGUAGGUAGUUAAAAAAUUAAAGAGAGGGAAAGUUUAAGUCUGUAAUGGGCGUGGUGUUAAUUAAGGACCCAGCUGUGCGCACCGGAGCUGUUUUGGAUGAAGUGCACGCGUAGCGCCAGAUCAGGCAGGGCUCGAGAGCGAUCAGAAAACUCGCGAUCCAUCUCAAAAAAGUAGUCCAAAAAACCUGGUUAAGGGCAUCAAAACCACGGUGGCAGCCGGUAAGAUUCGGUCGUAGUGCGGGGCAUAGUUGGUGUGAUCCACUGUGCGUUGAGCGCCGGCUGCGCGUUUCCACGUCAGCUGCCACGUCAUUAAAUGUUUGUUUAGUCCAUUGAAUGUCAUUUAUACAAGCACUGUUUUUUAUGAAAUGUAUGUAUUGCAGUAUUUCAAUGAAUUCCCGUAAUUAUGAAGUUAACUUUUUAACAAAUUACGUGUGCAAAUUGAAUUAAUUAUAGAGUCAUGAAUUUAACUGUUGAUUCAUGUUAAAUAUUUAUUGUUGUAUUUAUUGUCGUAAUUUGAUAAAAUAUUAUGUCUUGUUUAGGCUUUUCACCAUACAUUCAUGCACAUACAACCAGUACCUCGCCAUUACUGUUGAAACCUCUCAGGAAAUUAAAUAAAACAGAACAAAAGGAAAAGUGUGUCUGGAUGGUGUGUGAAGUCCUGCACAUAAAACUCCGUGGAUGCCUUCCCCUUUCAAGUGGGGCAUAAUAACUUGACAAUGUCAGUCUGGGAGGUGACUUCAGACGCGGGAAACGGAUGCUGCCUCCUAAUAUGGACUGAAAGAAGUAGGCAGGCUCCCUGCCAGCCAAUCCGAGCGUCCAGAGGAGGAGUCUGGACGCCAUGCUGUGUUACGAAGGAGGAGGCUGAAACCGAGAUGUUAAAACAGCUGGACAGAGGAACUUUCGCUGUUCCCAACAGGCUGACACGUUAAGACGUCAGUAAUAAUUUGGCGCUGUGUAAGUUCUGAAACUUUGGGAACCCAGAUGAUCUGUUUUAUUUUGUUUUACUCUCAAAUUGGGAGCUUGUGAUAUUUGGAUUAAAGCAAAUUUAGUAGGUUUUGCGUCUGUUUGAGCCUGUACAAAAUCCUGUACGAAAAAACGGUGUUACUAUAGUAACUAAUUUUGCGCGUUUUAGGAUUUUUGGAAAAACCAGGAAGGCGGCGAACCUUCACAAAUUAUUUUUAAUGCGUAGAGAAACCACAGAGAGAUUCACAAUAAAAAUGAAAGGUGCACUAGACAGAAGAAAUGAGGAAACCGGUGAAUUUUCUUUUGACGACAGACUUAAUGACGCUGACGAAUUGACUUGACAACAGCGGUGAAAAUGGCUAGAAUGAGGAUGAAUGGAAUGAAAUGUAUGUGAAUUUGGACAGAAUGGGAUGAAAAAGUGUUUGAAAUCUGUGUAUUUUAACUAUAUCUUUCACAUUUCCCUGUGUAUUGUCUGCUCUAUGGACGCAGCCAUCUUGCUCGCAGUGUGUUUACGUCACAUGGACCAAUGACGGGACGUUUUAGUUGCUUCGGCUGUGUAGACGACUGUGAUUGGUUUUGUCUGUACCACGUGGUAAGCGUGACGGAGUCCUAGCCAAAAUGGCGACGUGUGGCUGUGAUUGGCUUUGUUUGUACCAUGUGGUCGGCGAGACGCAUCCCUGACGACCAAAUAUGACGGAACGUGCUGAACUUUUUCACGAUGAAAAUUUGAAGAGUUUGGGAUGUAAUUUGCGGUAAAAUCAUGGUGGGGAUCGUCGUUAUCGAGCGUGAUCAUGACCUCGGUUGUAGGACGUCGUUUAAAAACAAAUUUCAGUGGGUUUUCGGUUCGCCGAAAAAGGUUUUUAUGUUGCACAGCGCCUCCGACGGGAGCCUCUGCCGCAACGGCGAGAUCAACGUGCAUGGUUGCAGGGUCUAAUACAUUUGGGGUAAAAUAAUUUUGUAAUUAUUUCGGUUUUCUUAUUGUGAAUACAUGUCUCUAAUUUGUUUGUAUGUCCUAAUAACCGUGAUUAAGUUCAGCUUUGUUCGAAGAAGUAUUAUUGACAUUUUUAAUUUGUUUAAUUUCGUUUUUCUGUUAGUUUUGAUCUUGUGCACUGCUGUUUGAAUGAGAAGCGAAUGAGUGGCGGUUUUGUUUGUUUUAAUCAUAA